CAUCAAUGGGAAGCUUGGAUUUGCAUGUCCGGCCGCCUGUGCCAAUGGGCGCAAUGGGAAGGCUGGGUUAGCGGGUGGAGCCGGGGGAAGCGGCCCAGUAAGUGCACAGUCAACAACCAAAGCAUCCGAGAUUACUACAGCCGCACAAAAUUCCCAACGAACCCCCUCCGAAAAUACACAUUCUUGGUUAUUUCUUCUAAUAAUUCAGCUUUUGGUCGCAGGAGUUGGAGAGAAUCGCUGCUGUGAACCUUUUGCUGUCUUUUAUUAUUAUUGAAAGGCGUGUUUGCAUCGGUUUGCGGCUUUCCGUCGCUUCCACACACCGCCUUCCUAGUCUGGAUGAAGACGAUUUUGUGAAAUUCCCUAUCCCAGAUUCCUCGAUUGACUUUAGUAUUUCAUUGUCCGGGGUCCUGGAUUUACUCAGAGGAGGAGCAGAGGGGAGCCGAUCAUCCGUCGAUCUCUUGGUUCCAGGGAGCACGUGACCCCGGAGAUGAACAAGCUUCGUCAGAGUCUGAGGAGGAAGAAGCCCACCUAUGUGCCAGAGGCCAGCAGACCGCAUCAGUGGCAGGCUGACGAGGAGGCUGUACGCAAGGGCAAAUGUAACUUUGCUGUUCGGUACCUGGGGCUGGUCGAGGUGGAGGAGUCGAGAGGGAUGCAUGUUUGUGAGGAGGCUGUAAAAAAGCUGAAAGUUAGUGGUAAAAAGACAGUAAAAGCAGUACUGUGGGUUUCAGCUGAUGGACUCAGGGUGGUUGAUGACAAAACCAAGGACCUCAUUGUGGACCAGACCAUUGAGAAGGUUUCCUUCUGUGCUCCUGACCGGAACUAUGACAAGGCCUUCUCCUACAUCUGCAGAGAUGGAACCACCAGAAGGUGGAUGUGCCACUGCUUCAUGGCUCUGAAAGACUCGGGUGAGAGACUGAGCCAUGCAGUCGGCUGUGCCUUUGCUGCCUGUCUGGAGAGAAAGCAGCGCAGAGAGAAGGAGUGUGGCGUGACGGCUUCUUUUGAUGCCAGUCGCACUUCAUUUGUGCGUGAGGGCUCCUUCCGCAUCAAUUCAUCUUCCAGCCAGCAGGGCAGCAGCAGUGAGCGAGAUGAGAAGCUGCAGGAUAAAAAGAAAGAUCAGCCCUCUGUCAUCCCUACUCUUCCUCCUGGCUCCGCCUCUCCACCCGAGGGGACGGCAUCCCCAAUAGAGCAUCCAGAACCGGGUGGAGCCCAUGCUAUCCCUCGCCGCCACGCGCCCAUUGAACAGCUGGUGCGCCAAGGCUCAUUUAGGGGAUUUCCAGCUCUCAGCCAGAAGAACUCUCCUUUUAAGAGACAGCUGUCGCUCCGCCUAAACGACCUGCCUUCUACUCUACAACGCAAGACAGACUUUGAACCCAAGAACGCUGAGAUGGACAUGGGGUUACCAUGUGAGGGUGACAGUAGUAUAAAUGCACUGUGUUGCCAGAUCAACACAUCCUUCGUCAAGCCAUCAGACGAGCUCUUCUCCAACCCAUCCAUGUCUGCAAAUUGCCCUCAGACCUGCACUGUGCCCCCUGUUUUGCCUCCACCACCACCUGCACAUGUCCAGGCCACCUUGUCCUGGGUGCAGCCAGAACCUUCUCUCCACUCUCCACCUCCAGUUUCUGCAGCACUACAGAGCGGCCACAAACGCACCCCCUCAGAGGCUGAGAGAUGGCUGGAGGAGGUAUCUAAGGCUGUCAAAGCCCAACAGACACCUCCCCCUGGCCCCAUCAUACCCACUAUCCUUGGGCCCCCUUCCGUAGCCAGUCAUCAUAUCUCCACACAGGCGACCUUGUCUUCUGCCCCAGUAUCUACUCUCCCGAUGCCCUUCAGCACUCUAUCCAAACCUCUUAUCUCUGGUUCCUCUGCUCUUCCCUGUCAAGCCCAAAUGCCUCUCCCACCUAUGUCAAUAUCAUCUGUUCCUCUAAUACCAGGGCCUCCAGUGUCAGGCCCCCCGAUGUCUCUCCCAUCCAUGUCCAUCCCAACUAUGUCGGGCCCGAGCAUGUCUGGAGCCCCCAUGAUGCAGAGCUCUCUGGCCGGGCCCCCCGGCUCCCUUCCAAGUGCAAUGCAACCAUUUCCCCUUGCUUUUGAUGCCACUCCAGCCCCAGUUGGGAUGUUUGCCAGCCAGCCAGUCCAGCCUGCCUUCAUUCCCAUGCAGACCUACAUGCCUGGUCUGGCCAGUAGUAUGACCUACCCUAACGCCAGCGUGCCGGUGGUGGGCAUCACACCAUCGCAAAUGGUGGCCAAUGCCUUUUGCACAGCCACAGGCUCAUCGGGCACAGGUCCGACCACGGGCUUGGCUGCAGGAGGGUCCAAAGCGGGGCCAUUGGGAACAGUUGGGCAUCACCACUCCUAUCCAGGGCCAGCCGGUGCAGCAGUGCACACCUCAGGCUUUACCACAGCUACAUUUUCCUCCACUCCACCUCUGUCAUCAGCCAUUAAUGGCCUCCCAGUCCACAGCAGCGCAGCUGCAGUGAACCUCCAGAAUGGGACCUUGAGCAGUGGUGGAAAUGGUGGCAGCGGUGGCAGCUGGCCUCCAGAGGGCAGCCAGUUAACUGCACCGGGGUCUAGCAGCUCCCAAGAUGAUGACCGAUUUGAGGCCAAGUGGGCUGCACUGGAGACAAAAGCAGCGACACAACCGACAGGGAACAAGUCACCGGCUGCCACAGCUAACCCAUUUUCCAACAGUCUGCAAAAGACCUUUGAGAUUGAGCUCUGAGUCAGAUUCUGGCUCUUAAAGCUGUUGAUCUUGCUCUGGUGUUAAAGCCAGAGGAAAUUAGGAACCUUUUCCACGGUUUUUGCUUAAAUGGGAGGCAGGUUCUUUCAGAUGGCCUAGCAUCCAGCCUGCGCCAGCCUUGGGGUCAGUGCUACAAUGAUCUUAAUUUCUUUCUUUAUGAUUCCAUGUGAGAUUUAUAAGAACUCAGCAGUUUGCUGGGCAGCAGUCUGACAGAAUCAGGUUUCCAGCUCUCUAAACUUCACAAACGUAAUUCAUUUAGUCUGCCCGUUACCACCUUCUGCUUCCUGCUAUCACUUCUCCACUCUGGUUUUACUUUCCCUGCUGCAAGUCCCUGGAUAUACUGCAUGUUCCUCCUUCUGAAAGCACUACAGGGAGGACACUGCUAAGUGGUUUCUUUUUUUAAAAAGAGGACUCCCCUUGGAUGCAUUCCAACCUAAAAAUAUAUUUUUGGAUGUUUAACUAUUCAUUUUUUGUGUCUUUUAUUGUGGAGAUUUUAUGGUAUCUGGCAACAUUGUGGAGAAGGGUGGAAGCGAUCCAAGGAUCCCGCCGAUGUGAAAAUCUGGAUGCCUGAAAGGACGAGUCCAAAUGACCGACUUACCAAUAGUAGAGAUUUAUGGCCAAAAUUAUUUUAUUUAUUGUCUUUUGACUUCAACAUGUUAUAUGUACCUUACAAAUCCUUACGUUGAAGCAGAGUUUCAGAAGCAUGUUUUUUUUUUUUUUAUCCCCACAUGAUAUUUAACAGCAGAGUUAUCAGCAGAGAAACAAAAGGACUGUGGGAAUCCUAAUUGUAUAACAGGAACCAAAUAGCCGCAACUUCCACUACAGCUGUGUUCUGGGACAAGUCAGACCGGUGUAUAUAGCCGCAUGUUUCUUCCACCUCACUGCUGCUGAGGCCUGAUGAGUCAGUAUGGCGUCACUCGGAUGUGUAGCUUGUUACUUUUAUAAUCGCCUAACAACAAAGGCAUGAAACACCACUUCAGGAUAACCAGCACAUACAGUAUAGCACACAAACAGUCUGUCUUCACCAAACAAACCCAAGGAACUUUAAUAACUCAGUGGAAAAAAAAUGACCCUCCUCCUCAACACUGUGCAACUAUGUAGAAACAAUUCACUACAUUCCAGAUUUCACAAAUCCUCAUAUGUCCCCUGACACAGGGUAUACUCUCAUGUUGUACAAUAAUGAUCGCGUAUUCACCUCUGUAAGUACCAUGGUAGAGCUACACUUACAUUGCCUUGCAAAAGUAUUCAUACCCCAUGAACCUUUUCAUAUUUUGUCAUGAUACAACCACAAGCAUCAAGGUUAUUUGUGUGUUAGACCAAAACAAAGUUGUUCACGACUGAAGAGGGAAUUUCAAAUAGUUUACAACCAAAACUCUGAAAAGAGUGGUUUGAUAUGUAUUUCCAAACCAACCCCCCCAACCAGAUCCCAUGACCCAUAACACACAAACUUGCUUUGAUCUGAACCAUUCCAUUGUAGCUCUGGCUAUAUAUUCAGGGUUGUGCUGCUGGACGUUUAACCUCAGCCCCUUCCACUUCACAAAUAUGCACAACUUUGCUUAGGCAUAUCACAUAAAAUUCCAAUAAAACACAAUGAUGUUUGUGGCUGUAAUGAAACACAAUGUGGAAAAGUUGAAAAGGGUAUAAAUACUUUUGCAAGGCGUUUUUGAACAGAUUUCAGGGUGAAGUGUGGAGUCAAAACCGUGGGACUCAUACAUGAGGAAUGAAAUAACCCUGCUGAGUGAAUGUAAACCACGGUUUCAGUUGACACAUAGACACAGGUGGAAGUUGAAGGCAGACGCACAUGUUGGUUUUAGGAGGACGAGCUGUAUGUGAGAGAUUGAGGGAGGGAUGGAGAACGGAGGAAUAAUGAGAAGGAAGUCUAUUGGAAGAAACGUAGAUAAAACAAGAUGAAUGGGAUGUAAAAGUGAGAGACAGAUUUGGUUUAGAGCAGGGAUGCCCAGGUCUAGUCCUUAAGAGCUUCUGUCCUGCAACUUUUUAUGCAUCACUGCUUCAACACACCUGAAUCAAAUGGCUGAAUUCCCUCAUCAGCAUGGCCUUCAGCUCUGCUGAGGCCUGGGGAUCAGGGAUGAAUCCAAUAGUUACAGGAUAGUAGCUCUGGAGGACCGGAGUUGGGCAUCCCUGGUUCAUUAGGUCCACAUCACAAGCCGUGGGUCUGGUGUCUUUUUGUUUCAGAUGACUGAAGCAAAUACACUUUGCAGCUUUAAACACUUUAAAACAACAUCUCUGAUCAGUGUUAAAGAAAAUGUCUACUAUCUGACUGCAGUGUCCUAACCAUGAUUUAGUUUUUUUCAAACUUUGUGCAACUCGUGAUGCAGUCAGAACUUCGGCCAUGUCAGUAAGGCUUUGAGUGUUUCUGACAAGGUCCAAUAUUAAAAAAGCAGAAAUGUUUAUAAUCAAAGGGCUUUCUGCAGCUGGUGUCUCUGUUCUAUAAACUAUGAUUUGAUCAGAGACGCUCCAUAGUUAUGGACCGCCACUUUUAACAUCACCUGCUUGUUGUUUUAAUGAACUUAAUGUUUCUUUUUCUGCAGCUGGUGGCUGGACAUUUCCCAUUGCCCAAAUCUAUUGUCAGCAGGCCUAAUUUGUACCACUUUAUCCCCACCCAGACUUCAAGCUUUUCAGUUUAAAUCAAUAUUUCUUCCAAACUGCUUUAUCUACCUUCCUUUCUUUACUAUAAGAGUCUGAUUGAUUGAUUGAUUGAUUGAUUAAUUGAUUGGUCAAUAAAGUAGAUGCGUUUAGUCCAUUCGGAGAACAUUUUUGCCCUUGACUCUCGUUCACACGCCCUCCAAAUUAUAAAUGUAGGCUAAUUGUGUUCUGCGUCAAAGCAAACUAAAUGACCUCAUCAACUUGAUUGUAAAACCUUAGCUUAGUGAUGGUAACAAAGCGAACAGUGGAGUUUAUUUUUAAUCUUUAUUUACAGAAGUUUUUGUAUUUAAACCAACAUAUUUGUAUUAUAAUUACAUUGUACAAAAGAUAAAUAAAGUAAUAUAAUAUUA